UUACAUUAUAUACAGGUCAAUUCUGUUUGCAUCUGGCCUAACAUAUUGCUAUCUUAACCAUAUUGCUCGAACUGAAACUAUUAACAAGACUGUUUACCAAAUUCAUAUUCUGUUCACUACCCUUUGGCAAGUAUUGCUAGGAGUUUCUAGAGCUAGCAAUGUUGUUACAGAUAAAGAUAUCACGUGAGCAUUUCAGUUGAUGCUAAUCUUGGCAACACUGGCGAAACCUGUCAUCUUCUUACAUUUUUCUGUUCUCUGUCAAAUCCUGUCUUGUCACCCUUGUCAUAUCCGACCGGUCAUAACCUCAUUUUAUAACACGUUUAUAACCGACUGCGACUAAAUUAUUUCUUUGCUGCCAACCUGUGCCUUGUUCCUUGUAUUGUUGUAUACAAUUCGUCAUGGCGAACUCAAGGAGCAAACGAACCAAUAAAGAUCAAAUGGAGAUGAUAAUCAAUUUUCUUGGGGAAAACCGGGUACUUGUCACACAAAAAAUGCACCCGUUGAACACGGGUGACUGUGAACCUUUGUGGGAUGAAUUGACCGAGAAGUUGAACUCUGUGGAGAACGGUGCAAGAAAAGAUAAGAAACAAUGGAAAACUUUUCUGUACGAGUGGAAAUCAAAAACUAAGAAGAAGGCCCGUAUCCAUAAGGCUUCCAUCAUGAAAACGGGAGGUGGUGGCUACACUUGUAAAGACCUGACAGAUUUGGAAAACCGACUGUUGAAUGUAUUAGGGGGUUGGAUUCAUGUACUAGGAUGCCCCAGUUUAACAAAUAUUGAGCCUGGACUACCUGCAGGACUUGAAUUAAUGGAUCAAGAUGUCACUGAGAUACAAGAAGGUGCAAUAGAGCAGCAUGAAGCUGAAAGAGAAGAAGAAAAUACCGAUGAGAUAUCUACACCAAUACCAUCACAAACACCAAGACGUGGAACAGCUCCAAGGAAGAAACAAAAGAGACCGCAUGUACAGAGCACACAGCUGCACGAAGCAGCUGAACUUUAUGCACAAAGCACCAGCGAAAUGGCUGAAGCUGUGAAGGUGAUGGCUGGUGCAAUAUCACAGUUAGCUCAAGGGCUAUCUGAUAUAGCAAUUGCUCUAAGCAACACAUCAAAAACCUGAUGUCAUGUAAUAAAAAUGAAAAUACUAAAAUCUGCAUUAAAUAUUUAUUUUAGAGAACAUUUUCUUACAUAAUUCACCUGAUCGCAGUAGACAACUGAUUUACAAGUUGCUGGCGAAUAAACCUGCCCUCUGUGAGAAAAUCAUUACUUGGAAUUGCAGCAUCAUCAGGAUGGCUGCUGUUAGUAGUCUGAUCAGUGUUGUCAUGAGAGUCGCCAUUAUCUUCAUACUCUUGUUCUGCAUUAUAUAUUCUGCAAAUAUUAUGCAAAACAGCACAAGCAUAAAUUAUCAUGCCACUUGUAUCAUGAGAAUAAUGAAGAACCCUGUCUUUCCUUAAACAUCUAAAACGGGCUUUCCAAAUACCAAAGCCCCUUUCAACCACAUUGCGUGUGUUGAUAUGUAUACUGUUAUAGUGAGCUUCGGGGGUAUUAGCUCUUGUUUCGAGGAUUGGUGUCAUCAGCCACGGCUGGAGAGGAUAUCCUGAAUCACCAAGUAGGUAGCAGUUUCGUCUUCCAUCUUCAUAUUUUUGCUUAAGAUGUCUCUGUAUGUUUGAAGAGUCCCAUAUUGCUGCAUCGUGGACUGCUCCAGGAUACUUCGCAUUUACGUUAGUAAUCAUUAGGUGAGAGUCGAAAAUCUGUAAAAUAUUGCGAAUUUAUGUUCUCAGUCAAGGCUUAACAAAAAAUGAACUUACUGCCUGAACAUUUACACUGUGGAACCCUUUUCUAUUAAUUAUGCUACUGAUGGAUUAAUAGGAUCAUCUGUUUUGGGUGGCACUAUCGCAAUAUGUGUACAAUCGAUAACGCCUACAACAUUUGGGAAUUGAUGAUUCUCUAAAAAUCUGAAAAUUGAAAAACUCAUGAUAUGAUGUGGCCAUUAUGUAGAGAAAAUACCUACAUACCCGUCUUUGACUCUCCUAACUUCUUCUGAAGUUGUUGGAAACCUGAUACGUAUAUAUCGAGGUGACAAAUGUAAUGCAAUUAGUCUGCUUAUUUUGUUUAUAAGUCUGCUCAUUACAGGUUGGCUGAUUCCGAUAUUAAAGUCGUGUCCUACGGUUGUUUGAUAACCGCCAUGGGCAUAAAAUAAUAAACUUGAAAAGACCUGAAAAUAAUUUGUUGAAGAUUCAUAGAGAAAAUAGAUUCUAUUUAGAAUGAAUUGUGAAACGUUACAAAUUCAUAUUACAUAUCAGUUUGAUUAUACA